AUGGACUGCACCUUUGCGGACCAGACGCGGCUGCUGGUGCUGUCCCUGGAACGUGAAGGCGCCAAAGUGCUGCUCUCUUCGUUGCGCUCCAAGACGGUGCGCCGUCUCCUGGACGCCCACGGCAUUUGCAACGGAAGUUCCCGCAAGGUCUUCAAUACCUUGGACCAGGCAAUCCAGCAUUGCGAAGAUCUGAUCUUGGCUGAGGCUGGAAAGCUUCGCAAGCCACACUCCGGUGGUGAAUGGCCUUUGCAGGAUUUGCUCCUGGAGUACGUGGAAGGCUUCAUCCCUGAUGGGGCAAAGGCACGCGAGGCCGCCGCCACCGCCGCAAAGCACUUCGAGCGCAUCCAGCUGAAGCAGUCCCAGCUGCUGUUCCGCUCGGAGGACCCGGCGGACGCCAUCUUCGUGGUGGCCCAGGGCGUGGUGGGCGCGGCCUACAGCACCACCUUCUUGGGGAACUUGGAGAUGCUGCCGUCGCCCCCGAGCUCCGCCAUUUGCCGCCAAGAGACGCCGCAGCUUGAGCUCGACUUUCCCUUCGUGGAGGAAGUGCAAGCAGACGGCCGCGACUUCGAAGAGCACGGCGUGGGCGCCAUCCUCAACGACGCGGCCUUCUACGCCCGCCGGAAGUGCGGGGCCGACGCCGUGGCAAAGACGGACUGCGUGGUGUUCCGCCUGCCGCGGAAAGCCUUGGCGCGUAUGGAAGAGGAGGAGCCCGGUGCGGCGGUGCUGCUGCAGAAGGUCCUCCUACGAGACUUGUCACAGCUGAUGGCUCAAUUCUUAUGCCCGCUGCAAGCGGUUGCUGGUCUUAGCUGA